AUGCCUAUCAACAAUGCUUCUCAAAGCACAAAUACCAAUAUCAGCUUGUCUAAACUGCCUAUCUUUCCUGUUCUUUCUACUGGUUCAUCAAUGUCAACCUUUUCCUUCUCUAUCUCUACUCCAUUAACUACUAUUUUUGGCCAGCAGCCAAUUGCUAUAAAGGGUCUGCCGGGGGUUCACUGGGGGGCCACUCAGGAGGUUGCCCAGGUGGGUGUUUUUCGCCUACAACUUUUUCACCUCCUGCCUGUUAUGGAUGUUGUGGUGGUUGAAGUUGAAGAAGUUUUUAAGAGGAAGAAUUGA